AUGUUAAAUAAUAAAUUUAUAAAUUAUUUUAUAUUAUUAUUAUUAUUAUUAUUUAUUUCAUUUAAUAAUUUAGUAUUAUCUAAACCUACAUUAAAAAAUGUUUCGAAACCCUACGGCACUUUUUAUAAAAGUUAUUUAGCAAAAUAUUACUGCGAUUUUACAAUAGAUAUUUUAUGUAUACCAACAGAAGCUGGAGAUUCAUGUGUUGGUUUAAAAAUUGGAAUUGAUUCUACCCCAACAUCUCUAAUUCAUAAUAAUAUUUUCUCUAAUGGUACAAAAAAAGUUAUAACUUAUUUAUUUCAGUUUGAUAAAGUAGGUAAUUUUAAUGUAGUCUUUAAUGAUGAACUUAAUAUACCGCUUCAGUGUAUAGCUCUUGAUUUAAAUCAAAUAUCAUUCGAUUUGAUGGGCGAUUAUUACUUAGGAUUGCAAAAAGUUGAAGCUCGAUACAGAGUAAAUGGAUUGGAUCCUUAUAUAUCAAUUGUAGAUACCACCGCAGAUAUUCUAGGUUCACUAUCAAGUUAUUGUAGUUUUUAUUUUGAAUAUAACUUUGGAUUUUUUUAUUGCGAAAGCUUACCAAUAGAUGUUCCAUUCUCUCAAAUACAAUUGAAGUUGACAACACCAGCAGAAACUAAAACAUUUCAAUUAAAUACACCAGUUAAAGAAAAGUAUACACUUUCUUUAAAUAGUUCUUAUCCAAACGAGCAAAAUUUAGAAAACUACAAUGCAAUGGGUUAUAAUUACGGAGCGUUACUCUCAUAUAAAUUAAAAGAACCAUUAAAUAAAUUAUUCCUCACUUCAUUUUAUAAAAGUAAUAUUAUUGAUAUCAAAGAGCUUUCUACAUUUGUUCCAGUCAGUUCUGAUGAAACAGGUACAACUACAAUACUUACACCAAUAGAGAGGUUUGGAGAACUGAGUUACGAUCUUUAUUAUCAAUCACAAUCAGAAAUUACUAAAGCAACACCAAACACUCUAAAAACAAAUUUUAUUCAAUAUCCACUAAUUAGUACACCAAAUCCAACUAGAGUAGGAGAUUAUGAUAAUUUUUUACCUAUUGUCACUUUUGGAUUUUCAGACUCAACAUUUAAAACUGAUUUCACACCAUUUACUUUCUCAAUAAUAAAAAAUAGAGAGCUAUCCUAUUUUACUAGAUUCCCAUAUGGCUAUGUAAAAUCAUAUUUAAGUCCACAAUCAUAUGAUUUCCAAGUUACCUCUUUAGUAAAACCUAAAUAUGAAAUUGCAAGUGAUUUAAAAAUUAAAUUUGGCCCAAUUGUAGGAGGUUCAUCUCAAGAUAUCAAUUUUUCACCAAUGAAUACAACAUUUGUUUACGAUUACAAUCUCAAACCAUCCAUUUUAAAAACAGAAACCAUUAGAUUAGGAAAUGAAAAUUCAUUAAUAAGAAUCACACUCAAUACUGCAUAUGGGUUCAGUCAUUUUAUUUUAAAGGAUCUCUAUGGUGGCAGAUUUUAUGGAGCAGAAACUUUUGUUAGUGGUGAUUUAUAUGGUAUCGGUGUUUAUGAAUUCACAGUUUUAAACAACUAUAAUUCUUUCUUUGUAUAUGAUCAAGUUUCUUCUGAAGGUAUUUUCUUUUCAAAUUCAAUUAUAACAAAUAUUGAUGAUGAUGCUUUUAGAUUUUAUCAAAUUCCACCAUAUGCUAUCUAUCAAAUCAAAGAUGUAUCAUUUUUAUAUAAUGAUAUUGAUGUUUUAAAUCACAGAUUAUAUAACGUUAUGUACUUUGAUUAUUCUGGUAAUAUUCCAAUAAAUUCCUCAUUCAUUAUGACUAAUUUUGGUACUCAGUAUCAAUUCAAUAAAGAAAGUCCUAUAUUUUAUUCAAGUUGGAAUGAAAGUAUUAAAAAGUUUCAAAUUAUAUUUUACAUUGAAGCAAAUACUGCUCCUGGACCUUACCAAUUCAAUUUGGUUAGUAGUUAUGAUGGUCAGUUUUUACAUAGCUCUUCACUUGAUACUCAACUAAUAAUUAAAAAAACCAAACUAGACUAUCAAGGACCAAUAUUCAAAGAAAUAUCAAAAAUCUUACCAGAUACAGUUGAUGGAUCAAAUGUUAAAUAUGGUGUACUUGGAUGGACUGUUACAAUCGAAGAUCAAAUCAACGGUUUUGAUUAUGGCUAUAUUGUUAUCAAAGGUCAAAUUGAUAAAUCAUAUUACAACAUAUCACUAUCACCAGAAAAGAACAUUAAAUCCGGUAAUUUAAAUUUAGGUGUAUAUGAUAUUAAAUUAAACAUUUCAUUCCCAUGCAUCACACAAAACUAUGUUAUCGACGAAGUAAAACUAACCGAUAGAGCUGGUAGAGUUUCUUAUUUCGGUAUUUAUGCAGAGGACUCCAAAUAUAAAUCCAUUUUCAAUCCAUUUUUAAAUUAUCUUCAAGAUUCAACAAUCAAUAAAAUUAAUUUGCAAUGCGGAUUAAGCUCAGCCUCUUCAGACUCCACACCACCAGCACUUGUUUUCUUCAAAUCAUCAACAUCACAAAAUUCAAAAAUAAUUGAUGUCGGUAAAUCAUCAAGAGUCAUCACAUUUGAUUUCCAAGCAUCAGAUCCUGAAAGUGGUUUAAAAAAUAACACAUUCCCAAUAGUCUAUAUUUCAAAUUCAAAUAAUCAAAUGAUCGAAUGUAACUCAGAGAUUACAUUAUCAACUGAAACCAGUACAACAUACAAGUGUACUAUUGAUUUACCAAUUGCUUUCGGAUAUCCAGGUAUGAUAAUAUUUUCAGUAUAUGGUUUCAUUAAUAAUAAUGGACUAUUCAGUGGCUAUACAACUCAACUUUUAAUCAAUUCAAAUUUUGAUUAUUUCGCAACUACUUCAUUCAACUCAAUCGAACCAGUACUUACAAGCACCAGUGAAAUAACUGAAAAAGGUGGUAAUUUAUGGUUAUACGGUAAAAGUCUUAGCAAUACAGCUUCUGUUUAUAUUAAAUACGAUGACUCAACAAGUUUUAUAUCAUUACAACCAUCGACAAAAUACUCGACAGCUAUUUUAAUACCAGGAAUCAAACCAACAAAUAAACCAUACCAAAUAUAUGUUAGUACAGGUUCAACUACUUCAAAUAUUAUAAAAGUAACACCAAUUGUAUACGAUUCCUAUUUAGUUAAUUGUAACGGCAAUGGUAUUCAACAUAUAUCGACUUGUAUUUGCAAUAGCAAAUGGACAACUAUUAAUGCAGAUAGUCAAUGUACAAUACCAAAUCACUAUAUAUCAUCAUCAACACAAGUAUCACCAACAACAGGUGGCGAAAUUACACUUAAUGGAUGGUUCGGUGAAUUAAAUAACAAUGCAGCACUCUUUAUUGAUAACAAAUCAUUACAAUUUUCAAUUAUAUCAUCAGAAUCAAUCAAAACGACAAUCGGCGCAGGUACUAUUGGCCCAAUAAAAGUCAAUUUCACACAAAAUACAAUCACAUGGAGCGGUAUCAUAUAUCCAUAUUAUACCACAGAAAAAGAAUGUUCAUCUAAAUGUCAAGAACAUGGUAUUUGUGAUAAAACAACAGGUACAUGCAAGUGUAAUUUAGGAUAUACAGGUUUCGAUUGUUCAUCACCAAUCAAUAACAAUAAUCAAACAGAAACAGAAACCAAUAACAAUGGAACAGUUAUUAUUAAAAAUCAAGAUUUAGGGUAUUCAAUAUUUAUCGAUUCAAUUAUAGAAUUAGACAUUAAUAAUCAACAAGUAACAACAUUCAAUUUAUCAAACAACUGGAUAUUAGCAAACAAACUAGAAUCAGUUACCACAUUCAAUCAAAUAAGAGCUAAUGAAGAUAGUACCAAUGCAACAAUUAAAUUAAUAAUUGAAGAAGUAAACGACAAAGAUAAAGAUUUCACAUUUGCAGGUAAUCAAUUCACAGUUACAAAAGGAGGAUUCAAAUUAUCAUUAUCAAUUUCAAACUGGUUAUUCAAAAGUAAUCUCAAUACAUUACAAGUACUUAUGACAUCUGAUAUACAAAUCGACGGCCAAAACAAAUGCAAUAGAGAUAAUAAAGAAGCAACUCUUGAAUCAUCAUCAAAUAAUAACUAUUUAUUAAACAAUAUAAACUAUUUAAAAGUUAUUAAAAACAAUAGAAUACUUUAUGCAAGAUUCCAAGAUAAAAUGUUAUCAGAUAAUAGACCAACAACAAUUGUAGCAAAUGUAGUUUCAAAUGAUAAAAAAUCAAUUAAAAUUGUAUUAAACUUACCACAUUGCGAUGAAUGUUUAAUCGAUCCAGAUUUUUCAUUAUUAGUUUCAUCAGAUUAUAAUUUUGAAUGUAAAGAUUCAAGAAAGUGGGUAAUCGCCGUUGCAGUCUCAGUGAGUGUUGUUGGAUUUGCAGUUUUACUAGUAGCACUUUAUUUUGUUUUUAAAAAGAGUACAGUUCUAAAAAUCCAACUUUAUAAAUUUAAAAAACAAUUAAAAAAUAAUAAUUAA